AUGGAUCACAAGAAAAGUCUUGUCGAUAUUGCUAGCGAGGAAACAAAUAUUCUCGGUUUCCUUGGGCCUAUCGAGUACAAAUACGAUGAAGAGUUCAUUGUAACAAUAGAAUCAUAUCCAAUUUCCAAUUUACCGAAUAAUCUUGCGCAAUGGGCUUUUGAUCUUGUGAAACGAAAUGUUGGAGAGUUCUACAAAAAAUCAAAUUAUGGAUGGAUUCCACGCGAGAAACGAGAUGAAAUGCGUGAACCUGGUGCUCGUUACUUGAUUGCGCGUCGUAAGAAUGAUCAUACUAGUGAGCAAGAGCAACAACAGGAUCAUGAACAAAAAUUACGCAGAGAUGGUGGUGAAUUACUUGGAUUCUUAUUAUUCCAAUUCUCAUGGGAAGAGUUACGAAGUCCAAAUCACAGAACAUGCAAGAGGAAAAGGACUUGGGACCUUUCUCAUGCGAACGAUGGAAGAUCUGGGCAGACGAUGGAAAAUGAAGAAAAUUACCAAAUUGACGGCAUCUCUCCGAGUCUUUUUCUAGAUCCAAAAGAAGCAGGGGAAUAUGAUUAUGAGAUAUUGAGCAAAGAUUUAUAA